GCACGAACACGCCCCACAUCGAAACGAAAGAGAAGUUUCUGCUCUCCUCCACCGCACCCCCGGCGCCGGCGACACGUAAUGUCACGCGACGGCGGCACGCGCGGCCUCGAGGCGGCGGCGGCGGUGGCCGAGGCUGCGCGGGAGCUGCGGGAGGCGGCCGUCGCCCUGGUCGCGCGCCGCACCGCAGACGAGGACGCGCUGCGCCGGCGCGCCACGGCGCUCGACGCGGACAUCCGACUCCUCCAGGGGUCGCUCUCCGGCCUCCAACCCUCCACGCUCGAAAAGGUUGAGGAGGAAUUGGAGCGUGCCAGGGUAGCAAUCACAGAUAGUGAUGUGGCUUUAUUUCUCCCCAGCAAGGGAAAUGGGAAGUUCCUUAAGAAGUUUCUUGGCCCUGUGAAUGUGCGUUUGGCGAGGAAGGAAGAUAGGCUCAAAGUCAAGGAUGAAUACAAUAAUUAUAGGGAUAGGACCGCCUAUAUGUUUCUGCUGUUUCCAUCUACCCUCCUCCUACUGAGAUGGUGGAUAUGGGAUGGAUGCCUCCCAGCAUUGGCAGUUCAGGUUUACCAGGCUUGGUUACUAUUCCUAUACACAAGUUUUGCUUUGCGGGAGAAUGUAUUGAUUGUAAAUGGAAGUGAUAUUCGCCCAUGGUGGAUAUAUCACCACUAUCUAGCAAUGCUAAUGGCUCUUGUCAGCCUUACAUGGGAGAUAAAGGGACAGCCUGAUUGUUCUAGCAAGCAGAAAGGGGUGCAACUUUUCCUGCGUUGGGCAAUCAUGCAAGGAAUUGCAAUGCAUCUACAGAAUAGAUACCAGCGCCAAAGAUUACGCACUCGAAUAGCUCUAGGAAAGGCUAAAAGGAUGGAUGUCGUCGCUGGAGAAACAGCUGGUGUGGAGGGGCAGCUCUUGCUGCUAUAUCCUGUCCUUUUUAUAUUACAGGGUUUUGAAGCAUAUGUUGGAAUAUUGCUUCUUCAGACAGCUUUUCAUGGUCUUGCCUCCGAAUGGCAGGUUGUAGUUUGCGGGAUCCUGCUGGUGGUAAUGGCAGUCGGCAACUUCUUGAACACUGUGGAGACAUUGAUAUUGAAAUUGAGGUUCAAAGCAAAGAUGAAGAGAGUAAAGAACAGGCAAGAUCGCCCACAUCAAAGUUGAGGAAAGCAUCAUAAUCUAAAACAAUCGCCCAAUUCCUAGAAAGAAAAAUGCUGACACCAUCUCUUUUGUAAAUCCUUUGACCCGUCAACAUUGUUGGCUGCUUGCAAUUUUCUGUAUUGGUAAUCGGUCCUGUAACAUUGACAUUGAAGUUCAUACUCUACACGAUAUGACGGAUGCAACAAAACAUCCUAUUCUCAGAUGAAAAUUGCAAAUUUGCGUUAAAUGCGUCAGUCUGAAGCGUUUGAGUUUUGACAAAGAUAAUGUAUCUAUAGUUCUGAAUA